CAUAAAUCUUCUUGCAAAGGUUAUUUUCCACCAUUCCCUCAGAAUUGAAGGAAAGUUUAAGGUGAAAAUAAUUGGAGUAAAGAAGGAAUGGUAGACCAGAAUGAAUGAGAUGGCUGGAGACGAACACUAUAAUAAUUGGGUGGCCACAAACUUUGGAAAUGGGAAUUGGAACGCCGAAAACCAAAGGAUGGACAGAAAUGUAAUUUCGUUACUCCUUCCUCCGGCGAUGCCGGAUGUCGCCGGAAGUUCGAUUCCGAUCAACCAUAACAGAGUUGAACAAUUUCACGAGAAUGAUCAGUUUCUUCUUCAAAACCACCGGCCUUCUUUCCCCUCCUACUAUUCUCCAUUCUCUGUUUUCAACCCAUUCAGCGGGUUGCCGGUCGAAAUGAUGAGCAGCAGAAAGUGGGAUUUCAACCAGAACGCUUCAAGCGGUCGUGAUAUUCACUAUGGCGCUUCCGGCGUCGGCGGAGGUUCGCCGUCAAGAUAUACUGCGGGAAGUAGCAGCCAGCUGUCCCUUACGCUCACUGCUCCGACCGGUCAUUGUCACGAGGAACAUGAAGGAGGAUCAUCGCCGUCGUCAACGACGUAUCUAGCGGUGGUCCAAGAGAUGCUGUCUGAAAUCGCGAAAUAUUCGGUUCAGAAUGUGGAUCCUUCGACAUUAUUAUUAAGCUGCCCAGCUGAUGAUGGCGGCGGCGGCGGAUCUUCCAAUCCUUUUUGUGGACCCCCCACAGCGAUCUCUCCCGCCGAUGCUGAAUCUAAGCGCAAGCAUCUCCUUGCUCUGUUACAAGCGGUAGAUGAUCGGUACAGCCAAUGCUUGGAGGAGCUGCAUAUGGUGGUUUCAGCAUUCCAUGCUGCAACUGAUCAUCCGGCUUCUACAACUACUAGUACUAAUUCACGCCGCCGCCCUCAUUUAGCUCUUCAAACCGUCUCUUUCUGGUACAAAAACCUCAGGGAGAGAAUCGGCAAUUUUAUUCUCGCCGUGGGAGAACAGUGUGGCAGUUCGAGCAACCACGGCGGCGGCGUGACGGAGGAGGAGCGGUCGCUAGAAGCGUCUCUCAUCCAGAAGCAGUGGGCGGUUCAGCAGCUGAGGAAGAAAGAGCAGCAGCAGAAUCACUUGUGGAGACCCCAAAGAGGACUGCCCGAAAGAUCCGUCGCUGUUUUGAGGGCUUGGAUGUUUCAAAACUUUCUUCACCCGUACCCAAAGGACACAGAGAAGCACUUGCUUGCGGUAAAGAGUGGACUAACAAGGAGUCAGGUGUCGAAUUGGUUUAUAAAUGCAAGAGUUCGUCUGUGGAAACCAAUGAUCGAGGAAAUGUACGCUGAGAUGAACCGAAAGAGUCUUCAUCACACUUUGGAGGAAAUCAAUAGUAAUGCCUAUGCCAACCAAAUUUGUUAGUUACCUAACGUAAUCACCCACAUAUAGGCAAGCUAGCUAGGGAAAUUCUCCUAUGCAUGUAUAAUGAUCGAAGCUGCAUGUAUGUACGUAUUCUAUACAUAUUAGCUAUCUGGUUGGUGUUGGGGGGCCCUCAGAGAUGAGGUGUCAUCCUUUUUAUUUUACAUACUUCGUAUUAGCUAGGUAUCAUGGAUUGAGUGGAAAAUAUAUAUAGUUUAACCCCAUCAACAUUAUUAUUAUUAUUAUCAACAUUACUAUUGUUGUUGUUAUUUUUAUCAGGU